AUGUUUGUGUUUUCCAUGAGGUUAACUAACGUUGUUGUUUUAUGUUGCUAGAUCUUUAUUGCUAACACUUUAGAAUGCCCAUCGAUUGAAUUAUAAAAUAAUGAAAUUUUCAUUUCAUCAAAUCAAAGAGCCAUAUUAUUAGAAAGAGAAUCCAAUGAUUUUGAAAACCUAGACGAAUUUUCAGAUAAUUUAGUUAAAUUUGCCUUUAAAAUUUCAAUCAAUGAAAGUGAAUAAGUUUUAUCAGCUAUUUUGAUUGACAGAACCUUUAAUGAUUCUAAGUUAAUGAAAUGGUUGUGCAACCUAAUUAAAUCUUAAUCUUAUGAUAUUCUAUGUAUGACAAAUUUUGGGGUUGAAUAUAAAAAUUAAGUUGGAAUUUAAGAAAUAAUGAAUUUGAAACUAAGAGUAUAAGUUGAGCCAUUUGAUUUUUGUUAAUAGCUAUUUUAUAGGUAAUUGUCAGAUUUUUGGAUAUUUUGCUAUUCUUAGGAUAGAAUAAAGAUAUAUUCUGUAGACAUGAUGAACAUAACAACAUUAUUAGCAAGUUAAGAUAUGAAAUAAAAUCAAAUAGAGCUAUGUAAACGUGAUAUUAUAAAGCAAUCAGAAGAGUAAAUUUUUAUUUUUUUUUAUGGUUGCUAUGAAUGGGGGAUAUUCAAAUUUUCAGGCUUAGUCUUUGAUCUCUUACUUAAUUAAAUUAUGAUUUUCUAAUAAUUAAAUUAAAGUAUUCCUUAUGUUGAGAAUAUUUAAAUAUGCAAUAAACUAAAAACUUAUUCUCUUUCAACAUUUUAUCUGAUUACAAAGGAGGGUUAUUAUUUAUAUAGAGUUGAUUAUCAAACUGAUUUGAAAAUAUUCUUUGAAUUUUUUGAGUUUUCUUUGAAUAUCAAGAAACUUAUAAUAUCAAAAGUUUGUGUGGUGAAUUUUUUAGUGAUCAAUAAAGAUUUCAAUAUCUUUAUUGUUAACCCAUCUAAUUCAUAAUUUAUGAAUAUAGAGAGUAGUAGUCUUAUUUAAGCACACCAAACUUCAAAUCUAAUAUUUAUAUUAAAUACAAAUGGAUUAGAAGUCAUCUUCAAUUAGAAGAUUAGAUAAACAAAAUAAAUUUAUGCACAACAGUUGUUCUUUUUAGAAGGAUAUAAUUUCUUUUAUCAAAUAGAGGAAUUCUAACACGAAAUAUACUUUUAUACUUAUUAAGAAUUUAAUUCAUACUUAAUACCUUCCAAAUAGUAUAUUUUUGAAUUAUUCUCUUAUGAUAUAUUUAAAAUCUCUAAAUCAUUUUGUUACAAAGUUUAAUAUAAGAAUUCAAAUGAUAUAAAUACAAUAAUAACUGAUAUUGAAUUAUAAAAUAAAUGCUAAAUACAUGAGUAAGUUUAAUUUAAUAAGCAAAAUAUUGCUUUGCCUUUACAUUACUAAUUAUAAUUAUUAAAUGACAAUGCAAAUUCUAUAAUUAAUAUCACUGAGUCUUUUGAUUUCAAAUAAAUUUGCAUUAAACAAUACUUUCAAACAGAAACAGUACUUCUAUAUUUUGAGAAUAAUUAAGUUUUGCUGAAAAAUAAUGAAUUUAUUAUUAUUCAAGAUUGUGACAAUUAUAAUAGAAGAACUAUAAGUAUUCGUUCUUGUUAAGUAUUUCAUUAUCAAUUUAACAUUUUGCUUGUUAGAGAAUAUGAUCUAUACUAUAGGAUUUUUUAUUAAUAAAAACAAUAAUGGCUAGUUUAGAAAAUUUCAACCUCGAGCUAAAUUAUUAAAGUUAUGUAGUUUUAAGAUAGUGUUUUAGUAUUGACUGAAAACGCUGAUAUCAUCUUUAUCAAUCUUAAUGAUAUAAGAUCUUAGAAACUUUCUAGAAGUUUAAGUAAAAUGUUAUAUUAAAUUUUUAAUUCAAGAAAAGCAUCCAAUUAAAUCAAUGAAAGUGAAUAUUAAUUUUUUUAUUCUAAUUAAAAAGGUUAUAUUUACAUUUCAUUUUUUGGUUAUUUUCUUAUUUAUGAUUAAAAUGAUGAUUUCCUUAGAUUGUUAACUUUAAAUAAUAUCGAUAUACUUUCAAUUUAAAGAUUGAUAACUAACGUUUUUUAAAUAUUGGCAAUACAUCGAAUGGAAAAUAUGAUAAUUCAAUAUUUUUUGACUGGGUCUUAAAAGCUAAAUUUAUAAUAUAAUUAUACCUUAAAUAACACAUAAAUAGUCAAACCAUUAAAAUUUUAUAUUGAAAAGUAAUUGAUAGAGCAAUUUUACUAUAGAUUAUUAAUAAUUUUAGUUAAAUCAAAUUCAUCAUAUUAGCUUUAGUUGUUUAGUUUGAGUAAAACAAAGACAUUUAAAUUGAUAAAAAUUAUUCAAAUAGGAAGGCCAGAAUUUUUUAUUAUGAAUCAGAUAUUAUAUUAUUAUGAAGAAAAUUUAGUAAUAAAAGGAUAUGAUCUAUUUUCAAUAACUAUAAAAUUUGAAAAUUAAUUAAUAGCAUAAAAUAAUGCUUUUCAAAAUUUAUAACUUGCAUUUAAUUUAGUCUCCAAAGAUGGUGAUGACAAAGUAAUUAAUUGUGUCAUAAAUUUGAAUUAUUAUAAUUUUUGUUAGAAAAUAUUUCCAAUUGAUAAUGAGAUUAAAAUUUAUUUAAGAAAGUAAACAAAAUAAAUAUUAAGAAUAUCAGAUCUAUUUAUCGGUCCAAUAGAUUAGCUAUUUAUAAAAAACAAUUCAAAAAUAGAAAUUAAAGGAUUGUAGUAACAAAAUGAACCUUUGUAAUUGUGUCAGCAAUUCAAGUAAAUGGAUUGUAUAAUACAGGUUUAGGUUGAUACAAAUUUAUUCUCAAAUUAAAAAAAAUAGUUUUAUCUCUAUAUACUCAAGCACAAGAAAAUUAAAACCCUUUUACCAAUAAGUCCUGAUAUUAGUAGAGAGUUAAAACUUUUAAAUUUAUUUCUGAUAAAUAAAUGGUAAUUAGCUUUUAUCCUAGAUUUUGAAUAAAAAGUAAUUAUAAAAGUAUAUUAAAUUAAUACUGAAACAUUUACUUUAUCUCAAAAUAAGAUUUUUGAAUAUAAUUCAAAUUGUACUUCUACCAAUUUGAACUUCUAUCAAGUAGAGGAUAUAAUCCAGUUAUAAUUUUAAUUUAAAGAUAUUUUAUUUUUUACACCAACAUUUAAAUUUAUAAAAUAAAAUCAGAAAGCAUAUUAAUAAGGAAUUAUAUUUGUUUAAGAUUCUAAUUAAUUAUAUGUUGAAUUUUAAAUACAAAAUUAAGAUUUUAUAAUAAAAAUAUUUUAGUAUUAUUCAAAUAAUAAAUUUAAAAAAAUUAAUCAAAUCUUAAUACCAUAUUAUACCUUUUAUUAAGAACUACUCAAACACUUUAAUAAUUAAUUCACUUCAAAAGAAUCAACUCCAAAAAAUUAUUCACUUAAAUCCAUUAAAAAAGGUGAAACCAUAACUUUAUUAGUGUUAUUGAUGUUUAAGCAUUAUUCACUAAUUAUUGAUAUCAAAUUUGGAGAAAGCAGUUCCAUUAUUGAUUUUAAAAUUACAAAGAUUUUAAGGAAUCCUGAUGCAUUUAUAGAACAAUAUAAAGUAGUUUAUAAAUCAAACAUUUUAUUCCUGUCAUCAGAUUUAUAAAAUCAUUAUUUUUAUGACCUUACCCAUAAAGAAGGUUUAUAUAAUUAUUAACAUUUAAAAUCAAACAAAUCCAUUUUAAUAUAUCCUGUCAAUAAUACUCAUUUGAUAUUUUAUGAUGAUUAUUCUAGUAUUACAAUUGGUUAAUUACAUUAUGAAAUUUAAUUACAUGAUACACAUAUAAAUAAAUAAACAUGUAUCUUGAUUGCAGAAAAUAGUUUAUCAAAAUCUGAAAUCCACAUAACAAUUAUAAGAGAAACUGAAUGGUACAAUCAUAUGCUAAUGAUUAUGAUAAUAAUAAUAAUCAUCACUUUUUUGAUAUUGAUCUGCUUUAUUAAAAUUAUAAGACGAAAUGACAAGAAUUUAAAUAUCUCAAUUGAGCUAAAAAUUUCAAAAAUCUAAUUAUGA